AUGUCAACGAGUGCUGUGAGCCACCACGGAGUGGAGCUGACCUCCAAGGGGGUGGCUGGGCAGGCUGCUCGAACAUUGCUUGCUGGUUCAUUGGAUGAGCCCUCCCAGCGCCACGCUCGGAGGAGAGCAACUCUGGCAGACUGGAGGCGGGAUCUGCAGCGUCAGGAGGACGAGAAGCCGGACCAACAUCGACGAGCCAAGGCGGCCUUGGCCGUCUACACCUUGGCCCGCGUCGCGGCUAACGUCUGGUUCCUGCUUUGGCCUUCUUCUAGACGUCGUUAUUAUUCAGAUGGUCCAGAUUCUCCUUCAUUGAUCCUUGAUUCAAUCCUGAGGCCUUUGAUCACGGGCCUGGGAGUCUUUGUUUUUCUGUACAGGGAGGAUCGCUUCUCUGCGAACAACCCUCUGCAGGUUUGGAGCUUUGCCGCAGCCUUCUGCCUCACGUUGCCCGUGUGCGAUCUGAGUGGAGAAGAGGUAUUGGAGGUAGUUUUCAUGCCCACUCUCCUUCCUGCCUAUGCAGUAACAAAUGGUGCAAGCAUACUGUGGGAAGUCUGUUGCAAUCUCUUGCAGGUGCACAUGACCACCAUGAAGCUUCAAGCGCUCGGCAGGAAUCGGACAGCUCGGGUGAGCCGCAUGUUGACAAAGCUGGGUACUUGGUCGCUCAUUGCGCUCUUUCCGUUGUGGUUGUUGGGAGCUCCCCUGCCGGUUUGGUUAUCAGUGAGUGUGUGCUUUUCCUGCACAUUUCUGACUAUUGGCAUCCAGUGUGGGGCACUGAUCCUCGCAGCAUGCAGUGCUUUGGUGAAAGCAUGGGGUGAUGAUGAUGAGACUAUCCGUUGGACAGCGUGCCUUUUGUUGGUCAAUUCCCUGUUAAUUUUGCUAGGCCCGGCGAUAAGCUUUGCAGGCCUUUUCGUCCUCAUUGCACACCAUCUUGGGGCAGGGGGCUCUCCCAGGAUCGUUGUGACAGUGGACGUGUCUUUUCAGGUUUGCAAUGUUCUGUUGCUGAGCGGCAUGGUCGGCCCGAGGUUAAUGAAUUUGGAGACCUUGAAGAAAAUUGCAGAGCUCUCAGGGUUUGGGCUUGCUUCCAAGCGCAUUGCGUUUCCGGGACAUAUCAGUCGAAGUGCUACGGACUGCAUUGUCUCCUUCCCGGGUAAAUACAGCGAGUCGUGGGACAGAGCAGUCUCCAGCGUUCAGAAGGAUGCGUAUUCAUUGGCGUGCGUUUUUCUGACUGAUGCGGACGCUGGUUUAGGCAAGCACGCCAGCAACCCAGCGACCCCUGGCAAGUGCUGGUGCCAGCAAAUCUAUGGCCCUAUACCAGCGUCAGCAUACCUCAGCGUGGUCGAAACAAGCGCAGCUGAGCAAAACAGCAAUCAGAAGCUCGCGUUUGCAGAAGCAGACGCCAAAGCCAUGGGCCAGCGAUUGCUGAUCAAACAAGAUCAAGGGGAGAUGGAGUGGGAGCAAGAGCUCGCGGAAGCUUUGCGAGAUGCCGAGAAGCGCUGUGCAGAGAACCACGAGUUGGCCCCUUGGGGGUGUCAGUGGUUCGAGGACUGGAAGAACAACGUGGACAGAGCGGAGCAACAUCAUCAAACGCUGCACGUCUUCUACUUCGAAGGCUGCAAAGGGAAAGGCAAAAUGCUUUGGGAUCAGCUAUCUGACAAGCAGGCAAGGCAGGAUGCCAGGAAAAGCAGCGGUUUGGGUGCAUCCCAGACUUCUGAAGUUGCCUACCUCGACAAGGUCGGCUUAAGCUACGUGGAACACGACAUCACUGAAUUCGAGGACUUUCUCGCUUCACAUAGCUGA